UCAACGCCACGAUGCUGACUUCUAUCCAGCUGAUAUAUCUGCUUUUUUGGACGAGCAUUAGCUCAGCUGAUGCUGAGAAACUUUUCCAUAAUCGGGAUCAUUCUGAUGUGCAGACCCCUACUUCUCACCAAGCUGGUGUUAUAACAGACAAGUACACAGCAGAGUUAUUUCUCUCUAGAUAUGGAUUCAUUAAGCCAGUGAACUGGGAGGAGAUCCAGUUUGAAGAUUCAGACACCUCUUUUAAUGAUGACUUCAUGGAUGACCUUCAAGACACGAUCCAGGAGGGAACUUCAGUGCAUCAUUCAAGGGAUGCUCCUUGGGAUGGUGAUCAAGAUGAUCACAACAGUCUUAUUGGGAGACGAGCAUUUGUUUCAGCACUUGAAGAGUUUCAAAGGGUAUCGGGCUUGCCUGUCACAGGUGUUUUUGAUGAGGCCACCAAGAUAGCAAUGAACAAACCGCGAUGUGGAGUCCCUGACAAGGAGAUUGACCUGAACACCCCUACUGGCAGCAUUUCCUUAUUUGAUCAUAUAAUAAAUAACACUUCUUUAAACAGCUCACAUGAUGUCCACAUGGACAGUCAAAUGGUAAAUAUCAACUUAAACAUACAUCAGAGUGAAGCAGUGCGGCGCAGGAAACGUCACCUUGCCACUCUUGUAUCCAAAAACAGGCACAGGAGAGAUUUGAGUGAAACUGGUUACAUGGCCUUUUCUAAGAGGGUGCUGAAAUGGAGGCUCAUAGGAGAAGGCUACAGCAGUCAGUUGGCUAUUGAAGACCAGAGGUACAUCUUCAGAAUGGCAUUCAGGAUGUGGAGUGAGGUGUGUCCGCUGGAGUUUGUGGAGGAUACGCAUUCCCCACUGGAGGAUGUGGAUAUCAAGCUGGGAUUUGGCACAGGAAGGCAUCUGGGUUGCAAUCAGAGGUUUGAUGGCACUGGUCAAGAAUUUGCCCACGCCUGGUUCCUGGGUGACAUACACUUUGAUGACGACGAACAUUUCACUGGUCCCAAUGCUGGCAGUGGGAUCAGCCUCCUAAAAGUGGCAGUUCAUGAGAUCGGCCAUGUUUUGGGACUCCCCCACAUCUACAGAUCUGGCUCCAUAAUGCAGCCCAGCUAUUUGCCCACAGAGUCAGGCUUUGAGAUGGACUGGAUGGACAGGAAAGCCAUUCAGCACCUCUAUGGGGGCUGUAAAGGUCCAUUUAACACAGUGUUUGAUUGGAUCAGAAAGGAGAAGACACCCUAUGGGGAAGUGGUCAUCCGCUUUAACACCUAUUUCAUGAGAGACGGCUGGUACUGGCUAUAUGAAAACAGAAACAACCGCACACGCUAUGGAGAUCCAGUUGCACUGCAGACUGGCUGGCGUGGAAUUCCCAUGGAGGGAGUGGAUGCGUAUGUGCAUGUUUGGUCCAGAAAAAGAGAUGCUGUUUACUUCUUUAAAGGUACUCAGUUUUGGAGGUAUGACAAUGAGAAUGACCACGUGUUCAGACAGGACCCUGAAGGUCACGGCUAUCCGAGGUUAAUCUCUGAGGGUUUCCCAGGGGUGUUCAGUCCCAUUGACACAGCCUUUUAUGACAGGAGGGACUCCCACAUCUACUUCUUCAAAAGCAGUCUUGUGUAUGCGUUCAACGUGGAAGCCAACAGCUUGGCGAGAGGCUUCCCCAAAAACAUCAGAGAUGUUUUCCCUCCAGUGGAGAGUGGAGACCAUCCAGAUGGCAACAUCGAUGCUGCCUACUUCUCCUACACCCAUAAUGCAAUUUUUCUACUCAAGGGCACGCACUUCUGGCAGGUGGUGGGCAGCCGCAAGCGCCAGCGCCGGCCCUUUCUGCCACGAAAUGGCCUGCUGCCACACAAGGAGGUGGAUAAGCAAUGGUUCGACAUCUGCAACGUUCAUCCCACUGCACUCAAACUAACCCGCUGA